ACAGGUCUUGGAAGCUUUGGUCUAAGUUCAAGCUUAGGGGAUAGUGUCAAGAUUCAUGAGGUGGCAAAUCCACGUGGAGCAGAGUCAUUGCCCCCUGGUAUCAUCGAGCCUUAUUCAGAUUUUUAUCUCCAUAGAUUGCAGGGAGAUCCUAGUGAGGAUUUAGUAGUAAAACCCAAGUACCUACUGGCAUUAACUGUUGGAUAUCCCCAGAAGGACAUGGUGAAUUCUAUAGUCUCCAAGUUCUCAGAGAAUUUCUCAGUUAUAUUGUUCCACUAUGAUGGGAAGGCAAGUGAAUGGGACCAGGUUGAAUGGUCACGACGAGCCAUUCAUAUCAGUGUGAAAAAACAAACAAAGUGGUGGUAUGCCAAACGCUUCCUCCAUCCUAACAUAGUAGCCCAAUAUGACUACAUUUUCGUAUGGGAUGAAGAUCUUGAUGUUGAGCAUUUCAAUGCUGAAGAGUAUAUAAAGCUUAUUAGAAAACAUGAUUUAGAAAUAUCGCAGCCGGGAUUAGACCCAAGCUAUUUCGUAUGGUCGAUGACAAAGAAGAGGGACGAUGUUGAAGUCCAUAAGGAAGCAGAGGAUAAACCCAACUGGUGUGCUGGCCCCCUUUUGCCACCAUGUGCAGCGUUUGUUGAGAUUAUGGCACCAGUCUUCUCAAGAGAAGCAUGGCGCUGUGUUUGGCAUAUGAUUCAGAAUGAUUUAGUUCAUGGGUGGGGUCUUGAUCUUGCUCUUCAGAGAUGUUUGGAGGUGCCACAUGAAAGGAUAGGUGUAGUUGAUGCACAAUGGAUCAAACACAAGGCCGUACCUUCUCUAGGAAACCAGGGACAAGCCGGUGAUGGAAGGCAACCAUGGGAAGGGGUACGUGCAAGGUGCAACAACGAAUGGAGAGAAUUUGAAAGGCGGAUGGACAGAGCAGAAAAGGAGUAUUUCCAUUCCAUCUCAAUCUCAUCUUGAGUUCCAAGGAGCCAUGAAGUCGGUAUUUCUCCUGAUUCACAUCGAAACCUGCCAUCAGAUCCAGGUCUCAGCCAAGUAUCAAGCUUUUGGGGAUUAUUGAGAGUCACACACUGAGGGAUAUUGUUUGAUGAUCCAGAGCUGUUACUGUAACAUCAUCAUAUAAAUAAAGUCUUGAUCUAAGUUUAGCACAUAGAAUCAUAAGAAA